AUGUCCCAAAGUGGCAUCAUCAUCCAAAAAGGGAAUGUUGGUAUCAAUCAAGCAAUACACAAUGGAGACAAUGUCAUUUACAACGCUGGAGCAGAAAUGAGGAAGAAACACAUCGCCCAGAAGACUCAUAAUGCAAACAAGAUCGAAUGGGAGAAAUCCGAGACAUGCGAGUGGCUCAUGGAUGAAGAAGACUUUCAGAACUGGUCAAACAUAAAGACAAGCUCUCCAGUUCUGUGGCUUUACGGCCGUCCCGGCUGUGGAAAGACUGUUUUGAUGUCUCGUAUCAUUGAGAGCGUCCACUCAAAAUACACAAACAAGGUCCAGCUUCUAUAUUUCUACGUGGGAAAUAGCCACAAUGAGAACAGCGACCAAAUGUACCGAGAGAUGCUUCGGACAUUUUGGGAUCAAGCAUCUGAGAAGCAAGACAUUGAUAUUUGGGCAGACGAUUCGCCAAUAGAGCCCCUGGAGGACGUGGUUCAGAAAUUGCUCAAGGAUUCGACAGUUGUGAGGUACAUCGUUAUUGACGCCCUUGACCAACUUCCCUCGAGAUUCCAGGAGCGAUUGCUUGGCUGGCUCAAGGCCACAAUGCAAAAGUGUAACCUCGGUCUCGCAAUCAGUUGCCGCAAUUCUCACCAGGUUAGACAGCUGCAAGCAAAGGAAACUUUCGGGAUUGAAAUCACAACCGAUAGGAACAAAGAUGAUAUUAACAAGUAUCUCGAAACAUCUUUGCACUCUGAAUUUCUUCACCGGAACCCAGAGCUAAGAAAGAACAUCAUUGAUAAACUGAACGCCAAGGCGGACGGAAUGUGA